AUGGCCGGCGUGCAAGGCAACAUACGGUCCUUUAUUGCGCCGAUCAAAGGAUCUGGUGCGUAUACCCAGACACAUGUGUCGGUUGAAGAGGAUGAUAACAGUGGUGUCUUCACAGGUCGAACUGCGCCGGCACUCCUUGAGGACCUGACGCUAUACGAGCCAUGGCAGGAUCUGAAAGACGCUCCCAACCUACUGGCUGACUCUCCCAUAAGGCUCACCCAUGCGCGAUACCUUGGGGACCUGAUUCCGCUACAGAGCUGCAGGCACAAGUUUGGUUUGAAGCCGAGACAGUCCGAUCCUCCAGCGUUAGAUGAGAGACCCGGCCCGGAGACGUUAUGGACAGUGGCAGCUUUCUGUCAAGUUUGUCGCCUACAUGUCCACGUCAAAGUCGACUACACCAUGAGAUUCGAGGAUGCACCAUGCCCGACCGUCGAGCAUCCGUUGCACCACCUGGUAAGGUCAGAGUUUCAAGAGCCGUUGGAGAGGAAUGCGUGGAAACGUCAAAAUCCCAACUCGCAAGAUGAAAUCUACACCUACAAGUGCUCGUCGAAAACCUGUUCGGCCACCGUUACGGUGCGCUUGAGUCCGCCUGUCCUCCGCCCGGAUGAUGUUCACACAUUGGUCGAUCCUCAACUUCUUCGACAGAGAACGGAGGAUGCAUUUCGAACGAGGGAAGGGAAUACAGACGGAAUGAAGCACCCGGUGCCCCUUGAUGUGUUGACCGAUCUUCGAGCAUACAUCAGAAAUUCAUGGAAAGCGCGGGAUGAUCCAAAAUAUCGAGCGAUCAAAGUCUCUAACCGAAGAUUCGUUGUCCGCUUUGGGCCAGAGGGCAACGCCUGCAAGGACGUCCUAGAGCGUCUGGGUUUCCAUCUCGUGCCGGGUGACUCCUGGAAGGUCCCAGAGCCGGAUCUCAAUGACGACCAGCCAUUCUCAAGUCCUAUAAAUAUCUGGUUGGACAACGCCGAACACGAGUUGGUGGCCCUGAUCCUGUCACAGCCCUCUGAGGACAGGCAGCAUCUUCAAGAUACCUCACCUCCAGUACCGGCGGAACGAGAGCUUGCUCGUCUCUUGGGCUGUCAGGAUUGUGACAAGGGUCAGCUAACGUUGUGCAGGCCUUUUAUAGCACUUGGCUGUGUAAUGGACUUUUCGGACCAGCUAGUCGCAAAAGCAUAUCACUGGCAAGUGGAAACAGACCCUCGAAACGCACCAACCUACCUCGGCAACCUCCAAGCCAUCGCGACACAUCGUGGAAGUGAAAUCCUAGAGACUGAGGUCGUGAUGGAAACAUCCAAAGGCCGAUUUGAUGCUGAGACACUGAAUAAGGCCUACAGAGCCUUCCAGCUCGGCGGUCGCGAGGAUGCCGUCAGUGAUGAGGAUAUCAUUGGCACCUUCACAGCCACGUUGACAGACUCUCCUGGCCAUGAGCAUGAACUGAGAGAGUAUCUUCGAAUCAUCGGCGCACAUCGAAACAGCAAACUGAUUACUGAUACUGCCCAAAAUGUCAUUGAUAGCUAUGAGCAAGCGCUUGCGUUCCUGGACGCCGACCCCACGACGGAGGACGAGCAUAUCCAGGCUUUGUUCACUGUCAAGACAAACGACAACAAAGCAUUGGAAGAGCAGGCUGUCAAGGCCGUCCGUCUCAUUGCACAACAUCGCAAAAGUCGCUUCCUCUCUACUUGGAUCGACUCGGGCUUCUCGAACGAGACCACGAUGGACCCUGCCGAAGGAUACCAGGCUCUGCAGAUUUCGAACCGCGAAAUUGAUGACGAGAUGAUAAUGCUCCAAUACAAUAUGGCCGUUGAGGAAAACCCCGGCAGUGUCGAGUUCUACAACAAAGCGCUUGCUGCGAUUGCCACUGGUAGGGGGAGUUCGACCUUGCUGGAUCAUCUGCAUAGCAGAGUCCCACAAGUCCCCGAGGGUGCGUUGGAAGAGCCGGUGGGGCUGGAAAACAUCGGCAACACUUGCUACCUCAACAGUCUUCUGCAGUUCCUUUUCACCAUGAUUCAGCCGAGGCAUAUCGUUCUCAAUUUCGACAACUACAGAAUGCCUCUGGAUGCGAGGAGCAUGGAGCAAAAGCGGGUUGGGCAGCGGAAGGUCAGCCUCAAAGAGGUUCAGACAGCUCAGAGAUUUGUGGCGAGCCUUGCCGAACUUUUUCGUGGCAUGAUUCAGACACCACAGACCUCGAUCAAACCAGACCAAGAGCUUGCACGAUUAACCUUAGAGACUGAAAGCGUGAAGGAAAAGAUGCGCCGAAGAUCAACAUUAAAGUCGUCAGAUCGACCGAGCUUAGGCGACGUUAACCAUCGACUCAUGUUGGGCCCUCUGACCCUGGCUGAGUAUGACAGGAUUGGCUUUGGCACUAAUGCCAUUGUACAAUCACCCGUGGGCGGCGACACCGUCAGAGAUCCGUUCGUUGACCUUGAUGGUGUAUCGAGAGGAGAGAUUGUUAACAGCCCAACAAAGGGCGAGCAAGAGGAAUCAGACAACACGAUGGACGACAACUCCAGUGAAGCAACGCUUGUGUCGAAACCUGGUAGCGACCACGUCAUGCUGGACGAGCCAGCCGCAGAGGAGGAGCUAUCCCAGUCGGAUGACAAGGAGAAUUUAUCCCCGAACAAGGUCACGACUUCUCCCAAUCCCGCUCCUGUCUCGACGUCCGAACCUCUUGUCCCAACAUCGCCAUCCAGGUUGAACGCCCAGGCCGGAGUGUUACCCCAAGAUGUCUCAGAUGCCGCUGUGGAAGAUCAGGCCGAAAGCGAGCCCAUGAAAUACCAACCUCCUCCUGGGAAACCACCUCCUGUUCCUCCUAGGAAACCUGUUGAGACCAGCACUUCGACUCUCGAAGAAUACGCCCGCCAGCAGGAUGUCACAGAAGUGAUGAAUCAUUGUAUUAUACAGCUUUCCUGUGCGAUGCGACCGACAGGCUUCGACAAGUCAGGCGAGCAAGAAGACGAAGUGCACGAUCUGUUUUUCGGCCAUGCCGUCAUGCAUUCACAGCCGGAGAAGGGAUUGCCACAAGACGUCCCAUUUCUCAAUAUUAUCACACGAGUGUAUCACCAGCCAACAGAUGUUUAUGCCGCGAUUGAUAACGAAUAUGACCUUCAGGAUGCCCAAGACGGCACACGGUCAUACACUUCUAUCUCUCGCCUGCCUCCCGUCCUGAGUAUUGCCCUUGACCGAGUGGCCUGGAACCAGCAGUUGAAGCGCCAGGAGAAACUCAACCAUCAUGUUGAAAUCCCCGAGACAAUAUACAUGGACAGAUACGUAGAGAGCGCCGACGAUUCCGAACUUAUGCAGAGACGCCGCCAGACUUGGGAGACUAAGAAAGAAUUGGCGAGUCUGUCUGCACGGAGGGUAAUCUUGGAAGAGAAGCAUGGACAAUCCACGGACGUGCCGGCGGUCCUGGACGACGCGAAGACCGCUUUGGAAUACCUUGCAGAACUACCUGAUGAUCCUUUUUCGGAACCUCUCCAAGUCAACCGAGACGCCAUCGCCAUGCUUAGUAGCUUGGCUGAAAAUUCCCGGGCUGAACUUGAAGAACUGAGAAUCCAGAUGGACCAGCUGUCGCAACAAGUCAAAGAGGCAUUCGUGGAUAUGCGGAAACAUCCAUACCGUUUGCACGCGGCUUUCUUCCACCGCGGCGGUGCUGGGGGAGGCCACUACUGGGUUUACAUAUUUGACCAUAAGCACGAAGUCUGGAGGAAGUACAACGAUGAUCGCGUCACAGUGGUACAGAACCUCAACGAGAUCUUUGGCAAACCGACCGCAGACAACUGGGGACCUCCACCUAACCCGUACCUGCUCAUUUACAUUCAGGCAGAUCGAAUCAACGAACUGGUUGACACAGUGAGAAGGGAUGUUGUCUUCCCGCCGCCAGAUCAGCCUCCACCGGUCCCGGCACGCAAUCAGAUCAGUGAACUAGCGUCCAACCAGUUUCAGCGGGAUGGAGACAUCGAAAUGGUGGAGAACGUGGGCUAUGGUGGUGAGCAGGCCCAAAACCCCGUCCCGCCUCCAUCUACCUUGGACUUCUCCAAUUCGCCAAUUCAGCCGAGCAUCCCGAAAGAGGGAGACUGGGAUGACGCGGAGCUGAUAUCGGAUAGGCCGAUCAAAUGGUGA